AAAAUAUUCAAAGAGUAAAUAUUGUCUGUCUGCAUGUCCCCGGGCUGUUGCGGAGUACGUAAUUUGCGACCUAGGGGCCAAAGUGCUAAUUUAGCGACUAGCUCCACCUACGGAGUUCGUCCUAAGGAUCUUGGCGGAGACAACGAGCGGAACCCCGGUCAACUUACAGGCAGUGGACUGUCUUACGGGAAAAGUAUGACCAGUUAGGGGCUAUCCCCCGAGGUACCGUCGUUACAUUAGAAAUUAGAAGAAUUGGCCAACGCUGGUUAAAGUUAGAGCUGUAAGUAACACGUAAUGUAUUUGCUUUAACCCCACUACAUUUUCCAAGCGUCUUCACCUCGGGCUGUACUUCCGUGUUGUCUGUUGUCGAGCAUACAUAACUGGAGAUACGUGAUGUUGUAGCUAUUCGAGCCUGAAUAACGCAUGUGUCCACGCUACGCAGUUUGAGAGGUUAUAUUGCUUGUAAAGACAUUUCUGCCCUGGGUUUGUCUCAGCCAUGAAGAGGAAAGCUAAAACUAUGGGUGCAACUCAGAGCACUGUCACAGCCUCCAGUCGAGGUGUGCCUUCAGUGACAGCAGCGUCCACCCCGAAUGGAGACUUCUUUCCUCUUCCUCUGGAGAUCCUGGAGGAGAUCUUCCUGAACCUUCCUCCCCAUGAAGUGGUUUGUCUUUGCCGGUUAGUGUGCUGUCAGUGGAAAGAAGUAGCAGACAGUGAAUCUCUGUGGAGGGAGAGAUGUAGAAGAGAGCGAUAUCACCGCUGUGAUGAUUCCAAAAUACCUGACGACUGCCGGUUGUUUUACUUCAUAUGCAAGAAGAGAAGAAAUCUUCUCAAGAAUCCGAAUGGAGAAAAUAAAAUGAAGAAUUGGCAGAUAAUAGAGAAUGGUGGUGAUAAGUGGAAAAUAGAAGGACUUAUGGCGCCACAUCCAAAUGAGAAGGUCCAGAGAAACUUUGUGACCUCUUAUGGAAUGUGCAGAAAGGCACAGCUGAUUGAUUUGGAGAAGGAAGGUUACAACCCAUUCUUUAUGGAUCAAUUCCAGCCACACAUCAGAGUAUCUGACUGGUACGCACCACGAUGGGACUGUGGCAGUGAAUAUACGAUCUCCGUGCAGCUGCUGAAUCACAGGAAGGAAGUUGUUAAGAAAUUUGCUCCUGAUACCGUUUACUUUCAGCAGUGGAAUGAUCAGCAGUGGAAUCAGAUGAUCCAUGUAUUCAAGAGCUACGGACCAGGAGUGAGAUACAUCCGGUUUAUGCACGGCGGCAAGGACACACAGUUCUGGGCGGGAUGGUAUGGAAUUCGCGUUACAGGCAGCUGCGUUGAGAUAUGUUCAGCAGUGGACACGUAGCCUUUUUGGGAUUACCAAUACUUCCAUCCUGCCUUUGUCUGCAGUUGCACGUUAUGUAAUUACAUCUCAUUUAUCUUUAUAUAACCUGCAGUCAUUUUACGUGUUAAAGCAUCGUUCUUCAGGUAAAAAAAACAAAAAAAGAGAAGCUUUGAUUACUGUUUGCUGCACCAGUAAUAAAAUGUAAAAAGAAUUUCCAGUUGUGCCUCCAAAAGAUAUAAAUGUAGAUGUAUGUUAGCAUAACCUGCUUUGGUACAAUGAGGAUUAUAAGUUGAAGUAGUACUGACAAGAUGUAACUUUUGUUGUAAUAUACUGUAUGUAAAACUGAAAUUGUUAAAGAAAAAAAAACAAAGAAACCUCUCUAAAUUAUGCACCUUUCUUUGCGUUAAAUCACCUUAAGAAAUCAUUUAUUUAAAGAUAUAACAGAAUAUUUCUACAUUAAAAAGUCUAAAAAUGACCAGACCGAUAUAUAUUUUGUCAGCUUGUGUUUAUCCCAAAAAUUCCCAAUAAUGUUCAAACCCAGAAAAGUACUGUGCAAUCUAAUGGACUGUUUCAUUUUGAUCAUAUGUCAGUGACGUCAAAUCAUGUGUAGCUGAAGGAAGAAGUAGGCAAACUAGUGAGUUAGCCACUUGUUUUUUUUGUUGUUGUUCUCUUGUUUGUUUCGCUCACUCACCAGCUGUACGGGUAGUUGACUCUUGUUAAUGUAAGUUAGUAAUUACCAUUACAUUAGAAUAAUGACAAUGGUGAAUAUAUAUGUGACUAAACAUAACCUGAAUGAGGCUUAAAUACAUCACGUUGACUGUGAACAUCAUUUGUGCCUGAGAUGUGCCUGCCAGUUAAUAUGCAAAUAUUACAUUUGUAUUUUAAUAUUAUACGAGAUGAGUAAGUGUUUUAGAGUUAAACUUCACUGGUGUGUUACAAUCUGAUAUAACUGUGGAAGCUCAAGAGUUAGUGCUUGCUACAGAGAAGAAACUUCCUCAGUUCUCUGUUAGCUUGACUGUCCACUUUAUUCUUUAAAAUAUUUAUAGCCAUGUUGCCGAUCUUGGACUGACACCCUGUAAACAAAGUUUAUGGGACUGUGUAAGCAAUUAUAUAGCCGUCUGUUAUGGUUUAUUACAGUGGUGUUUCUCUUUUAUUGUUCUUACACAUUUUGCUCUAGAAACCACAUGCACGCAAAGUGUAAGUCUGCACAGCCUUCUAGUAAAGUACGAGAAAUCUUUGAAGCCUCCUCUCGUGUAUUCCAACCGAUGCGCCACAGUGAUUACAAACUCCAUCACCAAAGAUGUUUAGCAGAAGAUCUGAAACAUCACCCCAAGGUUCAUGGAUAAUUAUCUCCUCAUAAAGAGCCUCCUACACAUAUUUUUUGUGAUGAAGUUAGUUGCUUGGAUAUCGAAGAGCCAUUAUAAUCUCCGAGACCAAAGUGCAGCUCUGCAGAACAGGCCCUUAAUUGAAUCUGGUUUCUGUUUGUUCUAUAUAUUUACUGAAAAGUAGGGUGAAGGCAUAUUCAUUGAGUAUAUUUGUAUGAAGGCCUAAGUGGGCGCUGUGACUUCAUUAUUUGUGGAAACAUCUACAAUAAAGCAGCUUUGGACAAGGAAAAAGUCAGAAGUUGUUCUCUUAGCUAACAAAGGAUCUAACUACAAAUGCCAUUGUAAUGAAACACUGGUGUUCGGCAUACCAGCACUAAUGCAAGUAUUCUUUGCACUCCUGUAACGCUCUACUUAUGACGCUGACAAUUUGUAUUGAAAAUGUUUUUUUGUGGGUGUUGCAGAACCUGUUUGUGUUUGACUCUGUCUCAUACUUCCAUCGUAAGUGUAUAUGCUGACAAACCGUAUCCAUGUAACAAUCAAAUCACAACACAUGUAUUUGACGUAAGAUUUAAUCAUAAUACUGGUUUAUUGUGAUGCUUUAUUACAAGCAAGAUACAGUACAACUUUGAUGUCAAAUUGAAUAAAAAUGAAAAGACUCAAAGAAA